GGAUGUCACCGGGACACGGCAGGGAUGCCACUGCUCAGCUGGCCCGGCCAGGCUCAGCCAGCACGCACUCAGGGAUGAAGUGACCACCUUCUGAAGGUUGUUCUCCCCCCCGGAUCUGCCAGAGCUACAGAAAGGGGAGCCGCGGAGAUGUCAGGAGAGAAGCAGAUGUGCCGGGAUGUGCCCAUGGUCAUGUACGAGCCGCACCACGAGCGCUACAGACCCGAGCCCAGCGCGCCCGGCUUCGGCCAGGAGGGAGGAUAUGAGUACCCUUCUCCCCCACCUUACUCCUACAGAGAAACCACCAUCGUGGAGGAGCCCGUUUAUUUGGUGCCCCAGCCUCCCAUCAUCGUGGCAGGGAUCUUCUCCAGCAAACCAACAUCCACAAUCUGUCCUUCCUGCCGCCAGCACAUCACCACCCAGGUCACCUACAGACUGGGCAAGCUGUCCUACCUCCUGUGCACCAGCCUCUGCAUGGUUGGGUGCUGCUUCGGAUGCUGCUUCGUCCCUCUCUUUGUGAAGAUUUUCAAGGAUGCAGAUCAUUACUGCCCAUGCUGCCAAUUUCACAUUUAUAGAUACAAAAGACUAUAGAAACAAAGUUUAUGCAACCAGACGAUGUAAGCCUCCGUUUCCUAAUGGCAUAAGAUUCUGCACAUGAAACUACUGCUAGCAAACCCACAGGACUGUGCUCGGGUUCUGCAGCUCCCUUGCUGGUGAACCCACCUGGUAAGCUCCAGUUUACCACCACAUGGCUGGACUGGCUCUAAAACAAAAAACACUUCCAAGAGUCAUUUGCAGUGUUUAUGCUCUGUUUGAUUUUCUGCCCUGUGCUGUGAAGUUUCC